CAUUGCUUCUCUACCCCUUUCUUCUCUUCCUCUUUUGCACAGCUUCCAUUUGCUGCUCCUCAUUUAAACCGAUAUUGCUUUGCAGAUCUUCCUCUCCUCCUGUUCUCUCUCUCUCUCCUUGCCUCCUCCGUCCAUUUCACCUCCACUUCUACUCAUCUCAACAUGAUGUACCUACGCUCGCCUGUUGUAACAAAUUCUUAUAGGCAACGUAAGAUCACGUCAGGCUGUAUUGCUUUCUCUCUCUUAACCUGCUUCUUUCUCUUCAAUUGGACUGUCUACCACUCCUUCUAUUCCACCAAUUCGUCAUCGAUAAAUCCUCUUCCCUCCGAAAAGAUACCCAUAUAUCAGCAAAGCCCAGAUUGGUUUGCACAUUGGAUACGCUGGAGGAACUUCAACCCCGGCCUUGCAACUCAGAGACCAGAAUCACCCCGUUUUGAUAUUGUUUAUACAUGGGUCAAUGGAUCCGAUACUAAGCUUCAGCGGAUAAAGCAGGAAUACCAAUCUCGCUCCCCCCUGUUCGCACAGGUGGAUUCAAAAGAUGCUGAAAAAGUGACCGCCAAGAGGUUCCGUGAUUUGGAUGAGCUACGGUACUCCGUCCGGUCUGUUGCAGAUUAUGCAAAGGAUAUGCAUCGCUAUGUGUAUUUGCUCACGACAGAAGUGGAUGCUGAUCAAGACCAGGGUCAAGUCCCGAAUUGGCUUGAUCUUGAUCAGGACACUAUCCGCCCAAUCCAUCACAAGACCAUCUUUCAAAACACCAGUCAUCUGCCUUCUUUCAAUAGUAUGGCUAUUGAAAGUCAGAUGCAUCGUAUCCCAGGAUUAUCAGAUAUUUUCUUUUACUUGAACGACGAUGUCUUUCUGGGAACCAACAUUUCACCAUCUGAUGUCUGGACACCUCUAUAUGGAUUUGUCUUCCAUAUGGCAGGCUCGCUGUUAGUUCCGCCGACUAUCCGACCUAUCGAAAAAGAUCCGCUGAAUAUAGGCGAGUGGAGCUCAUUACAGUACUCCAACUACCUUCUUUCACAGCGCUUUGGUCAACGCUACCGUGCCUAUCUCGCUCAUAUCCCGCACGUUCUCAGCGUCUCUAUCCUCAAUGAGAUUCAUGCAGAGUGGCCAGAAGAGCUUGAUCGGACGAGCUCACAUCGUUUCCGAGGCGAGGGUGAGGCUCGUGACGUUCAGAGUUCGUUCCUCAUGGCUCAUUAUGUUAUGGAAAAGCUACGGGAGACUCAAUUGGAGUCAUAUUGGUUCCAUCGUCUGGAUGAAAAUAAAAAUGGCGUACUAGACUGGAACGAACGUAAGCGCUUAAUCCUCUUGGUCGAGGAUUGGAAUAGAAAUGAACAGCUACCAGACGCACUCAAGGAGCAUCAUUCACGGCCAACAAUGCUUACAGAUCACGCUGACAUCCUGUCAAAAGCCGGCCUUCCUUUGAGUGGAUCAACUAUUUAUCGACUGGCAGGGCUGGAUGGUUACCCCUUCCUCUUAAAAAAUGCAAACACAUCACAGACCAUACCACUAGAGCCUGUUGUCAGUGCGGAUGGGAAGCCACUUCAACCACAAAUACCUUACAAAGGAUAUGAACAACCAGGCGUUAGGACAUGUAAGCUAGAUCUGGCAUUUUGCUUUGGAAACGAGUUCUUGUCACCUGUGGUAACAUCCAUCCCGGUUAGUCAAGCCAGAGAAAUAUUUCAGCGCUUGGCCUUCAAUGAGUUCCACUGCGGAGACUGUUUGCUAGAGAUUUUAACGCAGCAUCCAGAGGCCGGGAUAAGUGAAUGGAUGCCGUCCGACGAAGAGUCAGAGGCGUUCAAGGAGGUAGUCCGCAAAGUCCAGCGAUACAACUAUAUCCUUAGCACAUCUGAUUAUUCAUUUUUCGCAUUAUACAAUGUCGCCAAAGCAAAGGCGAAUAUAGCAAAUCUAAUGAAGUACAGGAAUAGCAAAGCCUUCUUUUGUAUCAAUGAUGAUAUCGGGGACAACCCAACCCUCCAAAGCGAAAUUCAAUACAUUUUUAGUGACUUUCUUCAUCAGCGUUUCCCAAAUCCAUCACCAUGGGAAAAGUCAUAACGGCAUGGUGGUAACUACACAAAUAGUUGUACUUAAUUAUUCAACAAUAUUCUCUAGCCCUAGCCAUUCUGCUGUAUAGUGG